CCGAGCCGUUCACCUUUGCGAGUUCAACAUGUGAAGAGGGUUUCACCCUCGGUGUGGUGCGGUGCUGUUGCUUUCUUCCGUAAUGUUAGUGUUUUAUAAAUCGUCCUCCGUCCACAUAAAGAAACCCUUCCCUCAUGCUGAAAGGCAGCACAUACACAGACGGUUCUGCUUCUACUAAAAAUGCUGCAGCCUCCCUCCCACAUACUGAAAGCUGCCAUCCAGUUUGUGUCCAGAACACAUCUGAGUUCAGGUGCUUUAAGGUGUCCAUGCAGGAACAUCUCUGUGAAGACGGGAGGAUGGAAGACCAAGAAAGUUCCUCAACGAUACCUGGGACAGCCGAGCCCCUAUACACACCCCCACCUCAUCAAAUAUGGUGAGGUGACUCCAGGUUUAACUCAGACGGAGUUCGAACUGCGGCGGCAGCGUCUGGCAUCUCUCAUUGAGGCUCAUGCCGAGCGGCUGUCUGGUUCCAGCCGUGCUUCUGACUCCGCCCACAUUGUCAUUGUCCUGUCACACCCCAUUCGUUACAUGACCAAUGACAUUCCCUACCCGUUCCAUCAGAACCAGGACUUCCUGUACCUGACAGGGAUUCUGGAGCCGGAUAGCGCUCUGGUGAUGUUUGGUUCCGGGCGACCGGACCAGGCCGUUCUGUUCGUGCCCCGUAGAGACCCGGCUCGAGAGCUGUGGGAUGGGCCACGAUCAGGGCGGGACGGGGCAGCUGCACUGACAGGACUGGAGAGGGUCCACUGUAUCGAGGAGCUGGGCAUGGUCCUCAAAAGCCUUAAAGGAGGGACAGUUUGGUAUGAUGGGUCUCAGCCCUGCCACCCUCGGUUGCAUCAGAGCCAUGUGCGCCCCCUGCUGGAGGGAGGGGCUGUGGCACGCUCUCUGCGGCCCCUAACUCAUUCACUCAGAGCCAUCAAGAGCCCCGCUGAAGUGGAGCUCAUGAAGGAGGCAGGUCGCAUCACCGCAGAGGCUUUUAAGAAAACCAUGGCGAUAUGCAGAGGGGACAUUGAUGAGGCGCUAAUCUAUGCUAAGUUUGAUUUUGAGUGUCGGGCGCAUGGUGCUAACUUCCUGGCGUAUCCUCCAGUGGUUGCUGGUGGAAACCGAGCAAACACCCUUCACUACAUCAACAACAAUCAGAUAAUUAAGGAUGGAGAAAUGGUGUUGUUGGACGGAGGAUGUGAAUAUUAUGGCUAUGUCAGUGAUGUCACGCGCACAUGGCCAGUUAAUGGAAAGUUCAGUGAGGCCCAGCGGGAGCUCUAUGAGGCCGUGCUGGAGGUGCAGCUUGCCUGCCUGUCACACUGCUCUCCUGGCGUCAGUCUAGACCACAUCUACUCCACCAUGCUCACUCUGCUAGCCAAACAGCUCAGAAAGCUCAGCGUUCUACCUCACAGUGCCAACGACGCAGACGCUAUCAAGGCUGCGAGGCGUUACUGUCCCCAUCAUGUAGGUCAUUAUUUGGGUAUGGAUGUCCAUGACACCCCUGAGCUUUCCCGUUCUCAGCCCUUGCAGCCAGGCAUGGCCGUCACCAUUGAGCCCGGAUUGUACUUCAGUGAGGAUGACGAGUCGUGUCCGGAAAGGUUCCGGGGCUUUGGAGUGCGGAUAGAAGACGAUGUGGUGAUCCAAGAACAUGGUGGUCCACUUAUCCUGUCUGAAAACACACCAAAAACAGUGUUGGACGUGGAGACAGCAUGCACACAGGCAGAAUGCUGAAGGUGGAGGACAACACAAGAAACUUUACAGUUCACACCACAUCCCACUGAUGGCACCAUCCCUUAGUGCUCUACUUUUCUAGCACCCCUUUCGUAAUGCCCUCCUUUCUUUGACUUUCCUGUUUUAGGGCUCUUUGCCUUUAAGGGUUCUCCUCUAGUGCACUUACCCUGGUGAGUCUGCAUCAGUGAGGAUGAAGUCCGGACUGGAGGCGUUUAGGACACAGCAGGACAAGCAUACUGGAGUCGCACUGUAAAACUUUAACAGUAUGAGGAGAGAGUCUAUGAAAUUCUGGAUCAUGAAGGGCUAUGUGAGUGUACAGUUGUAUGCAAAAGUUUACAUGAUUUUUUAAGUGAACAUAGAAAAAAUAACGAAUUUUGGUACAUUUUAAUGCACAAUUACUGUUUAUUUGCUGAAUUUAACAGGUUGAAAAAAACAUAAAAUGUGGCCUGUACAGAAGUUAUGGCAUAUUUUACAUUU